CACUGCGGACCCGCCGCCGUCAACAUGUCCCUGCACGGCAAACGGAAGGAAAUCUACAAGUAUGAAGCGCCCUGGACCGUCUACGCCAUGAACUGGAGCGUGCGGCCCGACAAGCGCUUUCGUCUGGCGCUGGGCAGCUUCGUGGAGGAGUACAACAACAAGGUUCAGCUUGUUGGUUUAGAUGAAGAGAGUUCGGAGUUUAUUUGCCGAAACACCUUUGACCAUCCGUACCCCACCACAAAGCUCAUGUGGAUUCCUGACACAAAAGGCGUCUAUCCAGACUUACUGGCGACAAGUGGCGACUAUCUCCGUGUGUGGAGGGUUGGCGAAACAGAGACCAGGCUGGAAUGUUUGCUGAACAAUAACAAGAACUCAGAUUUCUGUGCUCCUCUGACCUCCUUUGACUGGAAUGAGGUGGAUCCUUAUCUUUUAGGUACCUCCAGCAUUGAUACAACUUGUACCAUCUGGGGGCUGGAGACAGGGCAGGUGUUGGGGCGAGUGAAUCUUGUGUCUGGCCAUGUGAAGACCCAACUGAUCGCCCAUGACAAAGAGGUCUAUGACAUCGCGUUUAGCCGGGCUGGGGGUGGCAGGGACAUGUUUGCCUCUGUGGGCGCUGAUGGCUCAGUGCGGAUGUUUGACCUCCGCCAUCUAGAACACAGCACCAUCAUUUAUGAAGACCCACAGCAUCACCCACUGCUUCGCCUCUGCUGGAACAAGCAGGACCCUAACUACCUGGCCACCAUGGCCAUGGAUGGAAUGGAGGUAGUGAUUCUGGAUGUCCGAGUUCCCUGCACACCUGUCGCAAGGUUAAACAACCACCGAGCAUGUGUCAAUGGCAUUGCUUGGGCCCCACAUUCAUCCUGCCACAUCUGUACUGCAGCGGAUGACCAUCAGGCUCUCAUCUGGGACAUCCAACAAAUGCCCCGGGCCAUCGAGGACCCUAUCCUGGCCUACACAGCCGAAGGAGAGAUCAACAACGUGCAGUGGGCCUCGACUCAGCCUGACUGGAUUGCCAUCUGCUAUAACAACUGCCUGGAGAUACUCAGAGUGUAGUGUUUGUGGCGCCAUGCCCACGAGGCAGGGGCUUGUGUGUUUCCCGCCUCUGCCCACCCCCAAAGUAAGAAGAAACAUGUUUCCGGUGGCCAGUAUGUCUUUCAUUGCUUUGCACCCACUGUUACCAGAAGCUGCUCUAGGAGUACCUGGCCAGUCACCCCAUCACUCUCUGUGCCGGACUCAGUGCUGUGUGGCGCCUCCUCAGCCUAGGGCUGAGUUUUAAGAUUUUUCUCUCCUUUCCUCUUCUCUUUUGGUUUCUCAAUUAAAAUUUUCUGUUUAUUUCUUCGUCAGCCGUUGUGUUAAUGAGCAUUACAGGCACUGGCUGUGUUUGUAUUCAUCUGCUCCAGAUGUCUGUCUGUCUGCUGCCCAAGGCAGCAAUCUGUGUCCAUGUUCAUGUUAGCACUUAAGUGGGAACAAAUGCCAAUUUGAAGUUGUCUUUCCUCCUAUUAUCAAUGUCUAUAACAAAUUUCAACUUUGUAUAUUUUUUAUCUAUCAGGCUAAUUUUUUUAUGAAAAGAAUUUUACUCCCUGGUUUCUUCCUUUGUUUCAUAGCCCUCCCUGUCAGCACCUUCCUCUGCCUUUGACCCCAUGAGCAGUUUGCCUUCUUGAAUCACUGCCUGAGCAGAACGUACCUGACCGGGAGUUCCAAACCACCCUGGUGCUCUGAAGUCGGCCAGCUCUCACACCUUUGCUCAGCCUGGCUCUUCUCAGGGGCAUUCUGGGCUUCACAAUAGCCAUGUGAAGCCUUCUGAUACUCCCUGAAGUACUUCUCUCCAACCCCACUGGGACCUAUUGGGAACGUGCUGGAGCUGAGAUAGACAGGCUGAUGGGGGUACCUGACUUGAGGGGCAUAGUUUCAGGAAAGCUGAGCUUAGAAUAUAUUUCCAGUACAUGGUUUCAGAGUCUGUUUUUCCCUCCAAAUGUAAGCCUCAGGCCAUUCUCUUUCAUGUCUUAAAUGAUAGGUAAGAAUGAUCUAUAAGCCAGAAUUCAGUAUCUCUUUGUUUAGUUUACUGUGACUGGUGGUAUAUCAGCCACUCUUGUCGACUGAGUGCUCUGAGGUGAGGGACUCCUGCUUGAGAGGCACACAAUCUGUGCAUCUAACCCUGAACAAGAUCCCCUUGAGUGUGGGGGACUGUCAGCUCUUCUUAAGGGAGGGACUGAUAGGUUGUGAUGACCCCAGGUCAUCAAGUAAAAAUAGCUACAAAAGAAUCAGAGAUCCCAGGGUCAGCCAGGUAAGAGCUCUGCACACACCUGUCAACUGCCCCACCCCCACUUUAGGUUCUGAGCAAUAUUGGACUUGUAGGCUGCAGGUGUCUUGUUUCCGUUACGUAAAUGAGUUCCAUGGAGGGGACUUGUGUGCGAUUCUGGUGAUAGAUGAGUUCUUGGGCAGGGUGAGUUUGAGACAUGCUGAGUCCACGCAGGAGUUUGCCUGGUUCAUCAUGCUCUGCCAAGCGCCUGAAGGUCUCUGAGACCCUCUGAGUUGUGAAUCUGAGUAGGAGAGUAGCAGCAUCAAGGCACGUGGUUUUGUCCACUUAGGCUCUCACCUGCUCUUGAGAAACAAAACAGUUAGCUUUGCUCUUCUGAGCCCUUUAGCUCACUUGGUUGAGUCUUCCUUUUCAGAAGCAGAUGUAUUUGUAUCCCCAAAGUCAUAGCUCGGCUUUACUACACAGGGGCUUGUCCCAAAGCAAAUGGCUCUUUUUUUAGUUAGGGUAUUUUCUCUUUUUACCUUUUUACUUUUUUUAUUCUGAUUUGGGGGCUCUUUGGCCAUCUGCCAAAGGUUUACCCUCUUGCAUUUUCCACCAGAUUUGCCCUAUGUCAUUUGGAGAUAUAAAGUGAGCAGUUCUUGGUCCAAACCCUCUUCUGCUUGUAAUUGUGUUGGAUGGUUCAGGGUGCUUCUCUCAAGGGUAGCACGUCUACAUUGAUGGUUGCUUGCUCUAGGAGGCCAUCAGUUCCUUCCUGUGGAACAAGGUCUGAAGUGGAGGGCAGAGGGGCAGAGCUUAACUAUACUGAGUUCUGAAUUCAGGUUCCUUUCCUGAUCUGCACUUAAACCUAGUCUGAAUGAUGAGAAGAUUAAUCAAUUGGAACUCAAAAACAACAUGAAAAAAAUGAGUUAAUAGUAAUUAGAAUAUAUUUAGGUAAAGUUGCUAUUUACUCUGGAAACCAACAACUUUUGAUUUAUUUUUUUCCUUGCCCCGUGGACUCCCAGCCCUGUCACCCUCCCUAGGCCAUACAGUGCAGUCCUCCUCCUGACAUCCCACUUGGGGCCCAGGUGGGACGCCCAGUCUCCCUGAACAAACACACACACACACUCACAGUUGUUGGGAUGCUGGUGUUUGGAGGUCCCAGCUUGUACUCUCUCUUUCUGCCACAGGCCAGAUGGCCUCAUGGCUGAGGAAGGGAUUUCUGUAGUUUCUGGAUUCGGGAAGGCUCUUAGUCAGCCGUGUCCUGAAAGCAGAGUCUGUUGUAGUUUGAAGAGCAGCCAGAGAGCAUGGAUGGGAGGUUCUGGAUCGGCUUUCCAUGAGUGUGAGAAGAGCAGCUGCUGAGAAUUCACUGGUAAGGCCGUAAGGCCACAGUGGCACCGCUAGGCUUGGCUUGGCUGGUGGUGGCCGUUUGCUGUGCUCUUGGCCUCCUGAACUGAAGCUGCCUUUUCCUUGUCUGCUCUGAGGGGAAGGGGAGGGAGGUGUUGAACAAAUUAGGCCUCAGGCUCCACAUGAGAGAGCUGGCGAAUGGGUACGAGCCCUUCGAGAGCUUGAGUGCUUACACUUAGAAGAGUCGGAAGCCUCUCCAUCCAGAGAGGGAUCCGACUGCAAGGUGAGGAUUCGAAGGGGGAAGAUAUUUGACAACUUGGUGAGAAUUUCUUACCAGACCCAGGAUCGGAUCUCAGAGAACUGGUUAAGAUUUGGGAAGAAAAAGAAAAAAAUUGAGACUACUACAAGGUUUUAAUGAUAGUUGUGGUUGAAAUUUUAGAAGGGGAUUUAGGAUGUGGGAGAAAAUCAAUGGUAAAUAUUUCUUGAGAUCAAAAGAGAAAAUAUCAGAGGGUAGUAAUGGCCUGAGGUGGGGAAGCAUUCAGGCUGUCUGCCGUGUGGCCAUGGAGUGAGACUGUGCCCUUGGCCUGUGUCAGUCUUCCUGGACCAUUCAUCGGGUGUCUGUGAUGCUGGGUAACUGUGGGGACAGGAUGACAGCUCAGGGCAGAGGAGCCCCUCCCUGCAGCAGUGCAGCCAUAGGUCAUGUUGGUGGUAGAAAUCUUCAGGUCUUGGGAGUCCUGCGAUCAUUCCAGACCAAGGCUCUUCCUGGUGGCAGGUUUGUAGAGAGCAGAAGAAGCAGAGGUUGUAAACAGUCAUGCUGACUCUCCCCACCCCCUUUUCUCUUCUUCUUUCCCACUCUAGAACUUUCUGCUGCAACCUACGCCUUGAAUUCCUAGGGUGUAAGAAGGUAUAGGAGCUGCAGGGUUUUCUGAACACAGAAGGGCCAGCCCAGUACCAUCUCUCCACCUUCCCCAGCUUGAGAAUAUGGCAGCUGCUUCAACUGCCUGGCUUGGGCUAAGAGAGACCAAGUAGAAGGCUCAAAGCAGACUCUUUACUCUCCGCACUUCAAGAAGCCAAAGGAGGGUCAUGCUUGGCAUUUCAGUUGGGUUUUCCCUAGGAGAGAAGCUGAAUUGAGCAGUCACUGUGAACUCUGGGCCAAGCUCUCUGAGAAUCGUCUUUUUUGUACUGGCUGAGUCAGCUACUGAGAGUGUCUCAUGUCACAGAGCCUUGCCCACCUCUCCUACAUGCACCUUCUUCUUCUCUCACAGUUAUCAUUGCUGCUAAUGGUCAAAGUCAAAUGUAUGGCCACACAAGAUGGGCCAGGUCCUCUCAGGCUACUUUCUGGAUGUUAUUUUUUGAAUAUUGAAAUGUGCAGGUGCCUUCCCAAAAAGGCUUGGACUGGUAUAUUGAACCAGAAACAAAUAAGCUAAUGAAAGUAUCAGUUCAAGAAAAAAAGAUGUUGGCAGUCUGUGUAACAGCUAGAAAACGUAUAAGUACCCACCUUUGGGACAACCCAGUGAAUAUGAACUUGUGAUAUCUGCUAGUUAAAAGAUAUGUUGUCACCUUGGGUUGAUUGUGGUAUACAGUAUGUAAAGAAACUUGUUGAGCUAAAGCUUUGACUUCUUUGAGUCGAAUAUGAAUCAUUUGCUUUGGUUUCUGUGUAUUUCAUGACUCCCCCACCCCCUCCGUCAAUGCCUUUCCAUUCCUCCUCCCCCUAGUGUGAAUUUGUAGCAUGAUUGUACAAACCUCUAUGUAGAAAAUGGAGAUUUCUUGUUCUCUGAAAUGUAAGCUCUAGCCAAUCGGUCUCUGUCCCCUUUAGCUUAGUGUGUCUGAACUUACUUUCUUGUUAUAUAUUUAAACUUUUUCUCUAUACUCUAGGUUUUGUGGCAUCCCAUGGUCAGGUGGAGAAGAAGCUGCCCCUUGCAGAUCUGUACUGUAACCAUUUUUCUUUUUGAAAUAUUAUUGCACAGGACUGAUUGCACACAGGGCUUGUAAUAAAAUUUUAACACUGUGCUGUGAAACCACGAUGGUAAAUCCCCCAUCGAAGGCUACUUCAAAGGCGCCUGAAAGUGGGGUGUUAUAUCUAUGGCUUCAUUUCUUGUUUCCUGAGUAUAUUAAACCUAAUUUUUGCCCUUUCAUUCUGUUUCAGCCUCCUGUAUAAGAAGUACCGUAUUUUCUGCCCAUCAUACUUUGUAAUAAAACUUGAACAUGUAUAGAUUGA